CCGUGAAUCUCCCCCGUCCGGUGAGCUGAGUUCGUCUGCCAUUCUCAAUUCAUUCUCGUUAAGCUCGGUCGCGAGUGUGCUGGUCUCGUCCUCCAAAUGGCGGCCGCCGGUGCUCUCCUCCUCGCUCCCCCGCCUCCGUCCCCGACGGCUCGCCGCGAGCUCCCCUCCGCUCCCCUCUCUCGCUCUCGCCGCCGCAUCCCCAGCGCUCGCCGUCGUCCCGCCGUCUGUUCCCGCCAAAGACGCGAGCUUUCGACGCCGCCCCGCCUCGACGGCGCCAGCUCCGUGGGUUCGAUGGCGGGGGCGGAAUCGUCGGCGACGAGCAGAGAGCCCAUGACUCCUCCGUACAAUGUCCUCAUCACAGGUUCCACCAAAGGCAUAGGUUAUGCGCUGGCUAAGGAGUUCCUCAAAGCGGGAGACAACGUCGUAGUCUGUUCGAGAUCAGUGGAGAGAGUGGAAUGUGCUGUUCAGGACCUUAGACAAGAAUUCGGGGAGCAGCAUGUGUUUGGUACAAAAUGCGAUGUCCGUGAAGGUCAGGAUGUGAAGAGUUUGGUAGGGUAUGCACAAGAGAAACUGAAAUACAUCGACAUAUGGAUCAACAAUGCUGGAUCAAAUGCAUAUAGCCAUAAAGCACUAGCAGAAUCUUCAGAUGAAGAUCUUUUAGAAGUAGUUACAACAAAUUCUCUUGGGUUGAUGCUUUGCUGUCGUGAGGCAAUUAAGAUGAUGCUAAGCCAGCCUAGAGGGGGUCAUGUUUUCAACAUGGAUGGAGCUGGUGCAGAUGGAAGACCAACUCCCAGGUUUGCUGCAUAUGGGGCCACUAAGCGCAGUGUGGUGCAUUUAACAAAAUCAUUGCAGGCAGAGCUGCAGAUGCAAGAUGUGAAAAAUGUUUUAGUCCAUAAUUUAUCGCCAGGAAUGGUCACAACUGAUCUUCUCAUGUGUGGUGCCACCACAAACCAGGCAAAAUUCUUUAUCAAUGUCCUGGCAGAACCAGCUGAAGUGGUAGCAUCUUAUUCAUCAACCUGGACUAAAACUGUUGCCAAGUAUCUUGUUCCAAAUAUCAGAUCAGUUCCGACCAAUGGAUCACAGAAACCCACUUACAUCCGUUUUCUUACAGGGAUCAAAGCGUACACCCAGAUAUUCUCAAGAAUUGCUUUUGGUGCUCGAAGAAAUAGAUACGUUCUUGAAGAUUGAAGAGCAUCUGAGGCAGAAUCCGCCACUGAUUUCCUGAAGCAAAUUCAAGAUUUGUUUGUAAAUUCAUUUUGGUAGCUCCUUGGUUUAUUCUUCAGUGGAAAUCUGUUUGCUUGAAUAGUAUAUGUAGAUUGAGCUCAUAGAAUUCCAUUUCGUAUCUCGGGCCAGGUGCCACCAGUUACUGGGAGUUGAUUCUUACCUUUUUAUAUGGAAUGAUCUAUUAUAUAAGUGAAUUUACACUUCCAUAUGACAA